CCUUCUUCUCCCUUCAUACAUUUCAAAACCCAAAACCAAAAAUGUCUUUGACAACUUCUAUUCCGAUUUCCCCAAGAAAACUCAGGCAUGAUCUAUACUAUUUCUCCGACCAAAAAACCCCUUUAGUCAUCUCUGUUCUAUCAUCUCUCAUAGAAAGAACAAUGACCAGAAAUCAAAGAAUCACCAAAAACCCUUUCAAAAACAGAGAUAUCCGUACAAGGGUUUUCGAUUGCAACCAAGUACCCGACAUGUCGAUCCAAUCCUAUCUCGAACGAAUAUUCCGUUACACCAAAGUCGGUCCGCCGGUUUUCGUUGUUUCCUAUGUUUACAUCGAUCGAUUCUGUCAGAUUUACCCCGAGUUUCAAAUCAACAUUCUAAAUGUCCACAGGCUUUUGAUAACUACUAUAAUGGUUGCAUCGAAGUUCGUCGAGGAUAUGAAUUACAGAAAUUCUUAUUUUGCUAAAGUUGGGGGAUUCACAACAAAAGAGAUCAAUGAUUUGGAGUUUGAUUUCUUGUUCUUAAUGGAUUUCAAGUUGCAUGUGAAUGUGAGUGUGUUUGAGAGUUAUUGUUGUCAUUUAGAAAGAGAGGUUAGUGUUGGAGGUGGUUAUCAGAUUGAAAGAACUCUUCGAUGUGCUGAAGAACUUAAGUCAAUUAGAGGUAGGAAAGAAGAUGAUAGGCUCAAAAUUUCUAGGGUUAUGUUGUAAUUAUUUCUAUCAAUUUUGAGAUUUAGCAGCAGUUUUUUAUGUU